ACAAAAAAAUGAAAUCGCUGUAUUUAAUUAUUUGCACAGCGAUUUUGUUAACACAACAAUGUCAAAGUUUAAAAUAUGAUAACGAGUAUGAUAAUAACAUUUCCACGAAUAAUCAGUUGUCAGAUACAGAUCGGAUGUCGGAUGAUAAUAGAAGUGAUAACAAUAUAAGUGAACAGAUAAUCAGUGAUAAAUAUUUAAAUAAUUUUAUUAAGCGAUUAUUGAUGAAAACUUCCAAGUCGUUGAUUAAUCAUCAAUUGAUUAAUAAGUUAUCAAAUACGACUACAUCCACGCUAUCAUUAAUCAAACAUAAUAAGCGAUUCACGGCUGAUGUUGAAAAUAAGGAGACACGCGAUCCUGAUCGGGUCACACGUAACGAAGAUUUUUUAGGUAGUCGUGGACGAAGACAACACGACUCAAGUGAUCCCGUUAUGAUUGAUCAUGAAAAGAAAUUUUCAAAUGAUUUUUUAGGAAGUCGUGGUAAAAAGUAUGAGGAAUUUUUAGGUAGUCGUGGACGCCGUCACGAUGAGGAAUUCUUUGGUAGUCGUGGACGUCGAACUUAUAAGAAUGAUGAUCGAGAUCAUUCGAUUAAUCGACGAAUUAAUGAAGAAUUCUUAGGGAGUCGAGGACGUCGAAUGGAUGAUUUUUUAGGAAGCCGUGGUAAACGUUUUGAUGAAUUUUAUGGUAGCCGAGGUCGACGACAAAGUUAUUUAUCAUCGAUGGACAUCGAUUGUCCAAAUACAAACUCAAACUAUUGUGAUGAAUCGAAAGAAAAUAAUUUUUUAUUAAAUGGUUACGAUAAUUAUCUAAAGCAACAUUUGCAUCAACAAUUGAUCAACGAUGAAAAUUCCAUGACAAUGUUAAUAAAUAAGAAAUCGAAUAAAAAUAAUCAACAAACUCGAGUUGACACACAAAUUGUUCGGGAACCAUUUUGGGCACAUCGUGGCAAAAAAGAUAAUUUCCAUAGAUCAUCACAUCAUGUGAAUAAUGUUUGGCACAAUGAUUUAUUAUUUGCUGAUGAGCCGUAUUGGGUUUUGGUCAUAGACGACCAUAUUACGACUACACGACAAACUAAAAAUAACAAUCAUUUACCAUCGCCAUUUGAUAAUGGACCAUCGUCCACUGAUAGUACUUUUACAGUUUUAAAUAACGACAAUCCCUUUAUAUUAUCACGCGGAUAAAUUUUUGAUAAAUUAUUACCCGAACCAUCAAAAUAUUAUUCAAUACUUCUCUUGUUCACUUAACUACAAUUC